GGCAUUAUAUAUUAAUUUUCUUUUGACAAGUUUUAACAACAAUAUAUGUAUGUUCUCUACUUUCCUAGAAAUUCUUGAGAAACAAAUAAUAAAUCACCCUAUUUAAUCAGGUGUCUCACUCAUUAGUCUUUUCUAAAGAAAGAAAAAAGUUCACCUUACAUUUAUAUUAAUAUCAUUACCAUGUAUUAAAAUGUAUGGACAGAAUAUCUAGUUGUGGAGAAUUAGGUGGUCAAGUUUAGACCGGAUUUUAUACAAUAUAAUAACUUGAUACAAUACAUUUUCUGAACUGUUGAAGAUCUAGAACUAGAAUUUGUGCAUAUGCUACACAAUACACAUGUCACACUACACAACUUCUUUAUACUAAAAAGUCCAAAUUUUCUACUCUUAUCAAAAAGAAAAAAUGUUACAAAAAUCAAAACAUCUAGAAACAGUCAAAACCAUGCAUUUGGUUUUCCUCAUCAUUAGUCCAACAAAUAAUAUACAUUUUCUUUGGUCUUUUCCAACUAAUAAUGUUUCUAAAGACAAAGAAGAAGCCAAAAAAGACCACGCAAGUCACCAUGACCAGGCCAACUUCUCUAAUCAUCUCAACGACUGCAUAAUAAGAACUUUCUCAUCAUCGAAGUUUCUAGUUCCCUAUGAAGUUUUUAAACCUCUGUUUUAAAUCAUUGUAGAAGAUUGAGAAACCAGAAACAACAACAAUCCAAAGUGGAACCAAAAAGUGAUCGAAUUUAUGGCUGCUUGCUUCAUUCCAUUCAACAAUAGGAAUUUGGAUAUAAGCUUCUUUGCUUUUAGGCCAACUGUGGUUCUGGUUGAUGAUCUUAUUGAAGCACUAAAGCAUUUCUCUUUGUGUACUGAGAGCCUUGGUUGUGUUCAAAGUUCUUUACUUCAGAGCAUCCAUGGAAAUAUGAUUCUAUGGUAUGGUGCAUGGUUGAAGAAGUCUUGUGAGAACAAAGAAUCACUAAUUGCAACCCUUCUCUCAAUGCUGACCAACAUCUCAAGCAUGGCUAUCUUAGCCGAGCAUAGCUUCUUUGAUUCGUAUGCUGGCGAGUCGAGAGACAGUGGCAGUGCUGCAAAAUUCUGCAGAGGUGACACAAUCUCCAUGAGUGUAGCAUCUCUUAGUUCCAAAAAUGACAUAAAUGAUCUCUCUUAUGCCUGCUUAGCACUUUUCAAGUCAAGUUUUCUAAGAAUGGAUGGUGUAACAUCUGGGGUUUGCUUGAAAUGCCAAAACAAGCCAGUUGCAGCCUGCUUCUAUGUGUGGAAGGGCCUCCAAUUUUGUUACUCAUGGAUUCUAACAGAUCAUAGAAGUUCAAUGUUACCAUACCUCGAACGAUUUUCGCUUGAACUUAAGUAUGACAUUUUUAGAGUGGUAUAUGUCAGUGGUGACAAUGUACUAAAUGUUCCUUUUGUUUCUCCUCAUCCUCCUAAAAUGUUGGAAAAAGGAGGACACAGCAAAGAACAAGAGCAGGUUAUUAAAACCUCAGAAAGAAACUACUUGUGGUGAAAGAAGGAAAAGAGAGAGAGAAAGAGGGAGUAUUCUUUUAGGCUUUGUAAAUUUUUGUAAAAUUUUAAUUGUUACACAUUGAAGGCAUUACUAAUUGGUGGUUUUUGUCA